AUGAAAUUCGCCAAAGAAUUAGAACAAGACCUUGUUCCUGAAUGGCGGGCGAAGUAUCUCGACUACAAGACUGGCAAGAAGAAGGUCAAGGCUGUGACUCGCGCUAUCCAGAAAACCAAAGCUAGUCCUCGUACUCCGUCACUUCGUCACACCGGCCCUAUCUCCUACGGUGCAGAUCACCAGCGUCCGACAUCCUCUCAGAGAACAGGGGACGAUUUAUUUGAUCCACUAUCUCCACGCCGGACCAACAAUAGCUUACAACGUACCCCACGCCCCAAAUCUACCCCAAGGCAAGAGCGGCAGCCCUUACAGACCCCCAAAGCACGUUUCUCCGAACCCGUUGGGAGCUAUGGAAGUAUCCUUAAUACACCCCCGGAGCAUGCAUUGAGUGGAUCAGAUGGACCGCACUUCGAGCUUCCAGACCCCGCCAUCGAUCCCGAUGAGGAGGACUAUGAGUCGCCAAUGGACGAUGGUGUCAAGUCACCCUCGCCCGUCUUGGCCCGUCGCAACACCGAUAUAGCCUCAACAAAGUCAAAUUCAAACAGAACUUCACAUCUCCUCAGGCGCGUGUUCUCUACUACAGAAAAUGAUGGCAGUAGGAAGAAGUCGCAAGCAGACCCUGUUCUCGAGGUCCAGAAGCGGCAGGAUGAGUUCUUCCUGUUCUUGGAUACGGAGCUUGAAAAAAUCGAUUCCUUUUAUCGGAUGAAGGAAAAGGAGGCAACUAAUCGAUUGAAGAUCCUCCGCCAGCAGUUGCACGUCAUGCGCGACCAGCGCCUUCAAGAAAUUUUGGUUGCAAAGGGGGCGGCUCGUAGGUUCAGCUCGGAGUCCUCAAAUCAGCAACAUGGGUUCAUCCAUCCAUCCCGGCUGAAGGAUACCAUUACAGGCAAAGGUCGGAUUGGCAAGAAUUCUCGCGCACUGGCAGAGAUGGCGACCCCCAGGAUGAACAACGCGCAAGACCGGGAAUCAAUCCAAAAUCGAAGCGACUUCAUGCGACGGGAGGAGCCGCUGAAUAACGAAGUCUCCUACCGGUCUGCAAAGCGGAAACUUAAACAUGCAUUGCAGGAGUUUUAUAGGGGUAUCGAGCUCCUCAAGGGAUAUGCUUAUUUGAACCGCACGGCUUUCCGAAAGAUCAACAAGAAGUACGACAAGGCCGUUAAUUCUCGCCCGCCACUGCGUUAUAUGUCGGAGAAAGUCAACAGUACUGCCUUUGUGCAAAGCGAUGUAGUUGACAGUCUGAUGGUAGCCGUGGAAGAUUUGUAUUCCCGGUAUUUUGAGAGUGGGAAUCGUAAAAUCGCUGUCUCCAAACUCCGUCACGGCCUCAAGAACUCGGGAGAUUAUUCACCCAGCACGUUCAGAGCCGGGCUUUUGCUGAUGGCAGGUAUACUUUUUUCCAUCCAGGGACUGGUUUAUGCAGCCCAUCAUUUACACGGUGAAGAUUUGGUCGUGCAUCUUCGGACCAGCUAUCUACUUCAGAUUUAUGGAGGCUAUUUUCUUAUCGUAUUUCAUGUCUUGCUAUUUUGCUUGGAUUGCAUGGUAUGGACCAAGUCAAGAAUCAACUUUGCUUUUGUUUUCGAAUACGAUACUCGGAACGCGCUUGAAUGGCGCCAAUUUCUCGAGAUUCCUGCGUUCCUCAUUUUCCUUUUGGGUCUUUUCCUGUGGCUAAACUUUUCCUGGAUAAAUUCCAUGUACAUCUACUGGCCUGUUGUGCUAAUAGGCGUGACCCUCAUCGUGGUUCUUUUGCCAGCACCUGUACUAUACCAUCGCAGCCGAAAGUGGUGGGCUUUCUCAAAUUGGCGGUUGUUACUUGCUGGUUUCUAUCCCGUCGAGUUUCGUGAUUUCUUCCUCGGAGACAUGUACUGUUCCCAAACAUACGCUAUGGGUAAUAUUGAGUUGUUUUUCUGUCUAUACGCCUCAUUCUGGGGGAACCCAACUCACUGCAAUUCAUCCCAUUCCAGACUGCUUGGCUUUUUCACAUGUCUCCCGUCCAUAUGGAGAGCUUUUCAGUGCAUUCGUCGAUACGUGGACACCAAGAACGCCUUUCCUCAUCUUCUGAAUCUGGCAAAAUACAUAUGCGGUAUCCUGUACUACGCAACUCUGAGUAUGUACCGGAUCAACAAGCAGACACGAUUCCAGGCAGCCUUCAUUACAUUUGCACUUUUGAACGCAUCUUUUGUAUCGGUGUGGGAUUUAAUCAUGGACUGGAGCUUAGGCAAUCCCUACGCCAAGCACCCACUAUUGCGCGACGUCCUGGCUUUUCGUCAUGUGUGGGUAUACUACGUUGCAAUGGUGUUCAACGUAAUAAUCCGAUUCAACUGGAUCUUCUACGCAAUCUUCGCCAACGACAUGCAGCAUUCAGCCGCGCUGAGCUUCUUUGUUGCAUUUUCGGAAGUGAUUCGUCGAGGGGUGUGGUCAAUUUUCCGUGUUGAAAAUGAGCAUUGUACGAACGUGCUCACGUUCCGCGCUUCAAGAGAUGUUCCCCUCCCAUACGAACUGCAGACUACAUCCCCUGGCCUGGAUGGCUCCCAUAGCAAUGAUUUGCCGCUUCAAGAGGCAUCUCCGUUACCGGCUGAUGUCGAAGUUGCGCCUCCACCAAACUCCACACUUCGCGCUCGCACCAGACGUCCGUCUGUUGGUUUACUUCGAAUUGGGUCCACUAUCGCGCAGGCUCAUGCCCAGGAUUUCCAAAGACGAAGACCACAAACUAGUGUGGAAACAUCGGAUGAAGAGGAUGAAGGAGAAGGAAGUGAUGAGUGA